ACACUAAACGGCAGCCAGUAGCGGCCGUAACACAAACUAUUAUUUCCUCUCCAGGCAUAAGAAACCAAGCACGGAUGAAAACUUGAUGUUUAAUGUCAUGGCAUCCCAGCGACUGAUUUUAAUCUCCGUGGUGUGGUUUCUAAUGCAAGCAGCUCCAUGCAGUGCCUUCACAGUGAAUUGCUCUGAGCCAAACCAACCUGCCCUUCUGAAGGCUCUGACUCCACUCUUUAACCUGAGCUCCAUACGACCUGUCAUGAACACAUCAACAUCUACCAACGUCAACAUUACCUUCAUCAUUUAUGGAAUAUUGGGAGUGGAUGAAAAGUCUCAACUCUUGAUGAUGUACCUUUGGCUCUAUCACAAGUGGAUGAACGAGUUUAUUAGCUGGGAUCCAACCCAGUGCGGCUCAGACAAUAUUACUCUCCUCAAAAAAAAAUUGUGGGUGCCAGAUAUUGUGAUCGAGCAAUUCAUGGAUGAAAAUGAGGCCCCUCAUGUUCCAUAUGUGUACUUGUAUAGCAAUGGUUUGGUGUGGGAGUCUCGACCGGCCAAAGUUGUGAGCUCCUGUAACCUUGAUAUUUAUACCUUCCCAUUCGACAUACAGAAUUGCACUUUGACUUUCAACUCCUACAUCCACGAGAAGGAAGACCUAGAUGUUUCACUGGAAACAUCUGUAGAGCACAUAAUGGAACGCUCUAGACAUUUUAUGACCACAGUGGGAGAAUGGGAGCUGCUGGAUAUCGACGCCUACAAACACAGGGACAAUGAUUACAAUGAAGUUAGAUGUCAUAUCAGAGUGAGGCGCCGAGCGACGCUGUACGUUGUGAAUCUGCUGAUUCCCAGCAUCUUCCUCAUCACCAUUGACCUCUUCAGUUUCCUGCUGCCUCCACAAAGUGUGGACAGAUCCUCCUUCAAGAUGACCCUCAUCCUGGGCUACACCGUCUUCCUGCUCAUCAUGAACGACCUGCUGCCCACAACUGGACACGCUGUACCUCUCCUAAAUGUGUUCUUCUCUCUCUGCCUGGCUCUGAUGGUUGCCAGUCUACUGGAGACAAUCCUCAUCACCAACCUGCUGUGCGGCUCUGUCAAAGUCUCUCCAGUUCCUCACUGGAUCCAAGUGCUCGUUCUUCAGAUUUUAGGUUUUCUUGUUUUCCUGCCACGCAAAGCUAAACAUUCAGACGUGGAGCAAAAUGUUGCAGUGAUAAAGCUUGACACUGUUGAGCGACGUCCACACGAGAAGGGGCCAGUGGUGGAGAACAGGGUCGUGCAGGAGCUGAGAAGCCUGUCCACGGACCUCCGGGCUCUCCGCCUCCAGGUGGAGCAGCAGCUUGAUGGGAGCCAUAGCUCGGAGGAUUGGAUCCAGGUGGGUUUCAUCAUAGACCGCCUGCUGUUCGGCAUCUACAUCCUCUUCGUUUCAGUCAGCUUCAUUACUAUCAUCAUUGUCUGGCGUAACUCAUACAGUCAGUAAACAACUGCUUUGUGUUUUAAAAAGGUUCCAUUCAUGUGAAUAGUGACCUGAUAGUGACUCAAAUGUUUCAGUUAUGACCAAUGUCAUUUUGCUUUCUUGGAGAAACAUUGCUGUAGCACAUAUGGUUUAUUCUACACUUCUACAAUGUACUGAUGUUUAGCGCAACAAUCGCUCAUUACAUUAUAUCUAGUCGUUAUUAAAUUAUUAGAUUUGAUGUGGAAUUUUAUUAAAAAAUAAAAG